AUGAAGGACCUGAUAUUCCCCAGUAUUGUCGGGAUUAAUGGCAUAUACAAUGAGUCUUCUAACAUUAAUAUGAAGGCAAAUGAUAACAAUAGUACAGUAUCGAAUCAAAACUCAAAUCAACAAACCAUAUCCAACCAAAACUCCCAAGUUGUUGGUGCCAUCACUGCAAGUAUUCGUGCUUUCACAUAUCAAAUCUCUGCCUUGUAUCUCAGAACUCCAAUGAAGUUGUUUCGACCUUCAAGGUUUGACUAUAUGGCUUUUACUAGACUAGCUCUAUUUUAUAAUGAAAAGGUUUCAGAGUUGAAAGAAUCCCAUAAAACAGCGCAAAAUCCGGCAUUACGUUCAACCGUCCAACCUCAAAAAUAUAGUUUCUUCAAACACUCAAGCAUUGCUCUACUUGUGCAAGCUGUACAGAAACAUGGAUGGAGAUUUAUUCCAGAUAAUGUUCUACCCCCUUUAUUAGCAAACAGUUUUACUGGGGUGGUGUUGUAUACUUCCUAUUUAUCUACAUUGAAUAGAUACGCAGCUCAAGAUGAUUCCAUUAGUAUCAGACCAAGCGGUAAUGUUAUCGAACCCCGUUUUUCCGACUGCUUUAGGGCAGGGCUUUUCGCUGGGGCAAUACAAUCUCUAGUGGCAGCACCUAUCGAUGCUAUAUACACUCGUUCUUCAGCGGCAGAACUAUUAUCCCAAAAGCAUGAGAAUCUCUGGAAAUAUGGAAUUUAUAAAUUGAGAAACAUCGGAUUGAUCGGGGUAUUUGCUGGCUAUGGUCUUAGUUUAAUAAAAGAAUCAGUGGGAUUCGCAUUUUAUUUCUCAACUUUUGAAUUGAUUAAAAACCAAGCAUUCAAUAAGACAAUCAAUUUCAUUGAUGGAGUUAGAAAUUUCAAAUAUUACUAUUUGGGUAUGAUUUUUAAAGGUGAACCAACCAGUUUAAAGGAAUCUAAUAAGACUACUUAUAAAGUGUUGAAAUCGAGUUUUAUUUUAUUUGGUGGCGCUUCUGCUGCUUGUAUUUUACAGGUCAUUCAAUUCCCAUUGACAAAAAUCCAAAAUAUUCAUUUGUCGAGACUUGAGGCUUUAGAUUAUUAUAAUUUACAAGUUCCAGAAUACAAGACUCCUCAUUAUAACUCCAAUAGAUAUCGAUUGAUCACUCAUGUUGAGGAGUUCCCGAAAUUUUUACAAAAACCGAUUGAAGGGGUUAACCGUGGGGCUUUCCAUUUCAAAUAUUGGACCAAGAGAAUCACCACAAACCCGAUGGUUAGUGUGUACUAUAAAUCUUACUUGGAGACCUUAACUAGAAUUUUGACUAUCCAAAGAAACAAGAACUUAACUUGGUGGCAGUGGUCAUACAUGGGCUUUGGCAGAAACGUUGUUUCAACAAUUCCUGCAACCAGUGUAUGCUUAUUGGCAUUUGAAAUCAUGAGAGUUAGAUUAACUGAUGGGAUUGAGGAAAGAGUGUUUUCCUGA